AUGAUGUCACCACCUGUUGAUGAGCUGCCGAGCGAACCAAGUGAUCUCAUCGGCCUCAUCAGCUGCAGAAGCCACGGUUAUGGAUCUUGGUGUUGGGAAAUUAUUGGAGUGCCAGGGACGACGGAGGCAAGUACUGUUAUUUUUGAAGAAUCAGAAGGCCAGUCGGAAUAUCCGAAUCGCUCUUUAAAGUGUUCAAACUAUCGUAAAUUGCCUUGGCUCUACGAACUUGAUCUUCAGGAGGACUUGGUUUCACCGUCUAGGCAAUCUAUUAUGCCUGAUCGUCCACGCAGAAAUCGGAGUUAUUUCGCUGGCCGUAAUACCGCAUCGGCCGCCACACGAGAAAGCAUUUAUAGAAUACAAAACGGUGACUUCCAUCGCAUUAAUCUUGCUUCGCCUGUUAUUCUCGCUACGGGUAGCUUAGCCUGGAAACACGCCAAUGAUAUCAAAGUUAAGCUGGGAUCCCACUGCAUCUAUUUCAACAAUUCGGAAUACUUUAAAACAGCAGCAAAAGUAAUCGAAAAUGAAUACAAUAGAAAAUGCGAACAGCAGGAGAAAGCACGGGAGGAAAGUGAGAUGUCGCGGAUGAUCCUACAGAAGGUCAACUCACCUUCUGCCUGCUGCCCUCCAAGCUUCUGCUCGUCGUCCAAGUCCCCCUACAAGAUUAGUGUCUGGGUUCCCUCCUCAAUGAUGGACAGAGCGUCUUCGUUCCUGGAUGUUAUGCGUGAGAGUGGCACUAGUAAGCCUUUAUUCGAAUCCCGACCCUGGCGAAAGGACGACUUGGAAAUGAAUGGGCUGGAAGAAGCCGGGGAGUCCUCGUCGACUGACGAUGAGAUGACAGUUAAAGAGGCGUAUAAAAGUGCCUUUCAGUUGCUCUCGAGCCACCUUUCCAACUUGGAAAAAAAUGUGCACUUCUUACUAGAGCACUCUGAGAGCUCGGUGACGAGCACGGAUUAA